AUGCGUGCAAGUUCCAUUGAUAUUCAUCCAAAUGCAACAUGGUCAAAGAACGGUAUCACUGUUGCUGGAGGAAAUGGAUAUGGCAGUGCAAUUAAUCAACUCUAUUACCCAUUGGCUUUGUACGUCGACGACGAUCUAACGAUAUAUGUCGCUGAUGCUGUAAAUGCUCGCAUUGUGGAAUGGAAAUCUGGUGCAACGAAUGGAAAAGUAGUUGCUGGUGGAAAUGAAAAAGGGAAUGGAGCUCAUCAAUUAAAUAGUCCACGAGAUGUGAUUAUCGACAAAGAGAGCGAUAGUCUCAUCAUCAGCGAUUACGGGAAUAACAGAGUAGUUCGAUGGCCUCGUCGAAAUGGUACUCGUGGAGAAACAAUUACUUCAAAUAUCUCUUGCUGGGGUUUGACAAUGGACAACAAUGGAUCUCUCUAUGUCGUUGAUGAUAGAAAACAUGAAGUGAGACGAUAUAAAAUUGGUGACACUAAAGGAACAGUGGUUGCAGGUGGCAAUGGAAAUGGAAAACGUCUCGGUCAACUCUACAGUCCCCACUACGUAUUUGCCGAUCGAGAACAUUCAGUAUAUGUGUCUGAUCUCGAAAAUAAUCGUGUUAUGAAAUGGGAAGAAGGUGCACAACAUGGCAUUGUCGUAGCUGGUGGUAAAGGAAUAGGAAAUAGUCUUAAACAAUUGAAUGAACCUGAAGGAGUCAUUGUCGAUCAAUUGGGUACUGUCUAUGUGGCUGAUUCUCAGAAUCAUCGAAUCAUGCGUUGGCCGAAAGGAACCACACAAGGAAGUGUCAUUAUUGGUGGAAACGGUGAAGGAGCACAGUCGAAUCAACUCGCUUAUCCCUUAGGUAUAUCAUUCGAUCGACAUGGUAAUCUCUAUGUCAUCGAUUUCGGAAAUGCUCGAGUACAAAAAUUUAAUAUUGAAUAA